AUCUGCAAACCAAGUGGAUCCGGCAUUAGCUGCUUUCCAGUAGUUUACAGAUUUAGAUUUUUUAAAUUCAGGUCAUCCGCGUAGCACAGUGCUGACACUCGUCAACGAGCACUGCUCCCAAUGUUUACUUCUCCGGCAUGUCUUCUCCAGCCACAGAAAAGUAAUGUUUUGGGUUAUCGAGGGUAAUUUUAUGACAAGAAGAUUGAAACGCCACCAUGUUUGUACGGCAUAUAUUCAAACUGCUGUACGGAUAAUGCACUAGCUAGCCGCGGUUAGAGCAGUUACAGACGGCUUCCUCUCUCGGGCUACGAGCUGUUGUCGACACUUACAGAUCGUCUCCGGCUCCAUGAUGGCGAUGUUUCGGAGCUUUGUCUCGGCGAGCACCCAGCUCCGCCAGCAGCAGCAGCAGCAGCAGCAGCAGCCGCCCAGCAGCGGCUCAGGCUCGCUGGCAGCCCCGGCUGAGGGCAUCGAGAGCCAGUUCUCCUGUCCCAUCUGCCUGGAGGUCUACCACAAACCCGUCAGCAUCGCCAGCUGUGCUCACACGUUCUGUGGGGAGUGUCUGCAGCCAUGUCUUCAGGUGACCUCGCCCCUCUGCCCUCUCUGUCGUGUGCCCUUUGACCCCAAGAAAGUGGAGCGUUCCUCCAGUGUGGAGAAGCAGCUGGCCUCGUACAAAGCACCCUGCAGGGGCUGUAGCAAAAAGGUGGCUUUGGUAAAGAUGAGGUCCCACAUCGCUUCCUGUUCUAAAGUGCAGGAGCAGAUAGCCAACUGUCCCAAGUUUGUCCCUGUGGUACCCACUUCCCAGCCUAUACCAAGCAAUAUUCCAAACCGGUCAACAUUUGUGUGUCCGUUCUGUGGGGCCAGAAACCUGGACCAGCAGGAACUGGUGAAGCACUGUAUGGACAACCACCGUAAUGACCCUAAUAAAGUGGUGUGUCCAGUGUGUUCAGCUAUGCCAUGGGGAGACCCCAGCUAUAAAAGCUCCAACUUCCUCCAGCAUCUCCUCCACAGACACAAGUUCUCUUAUGACACCUUUGUUGACUACAGCAUUGAUGAAGAGGCAGCACUGCAGGCAGCUCUGGCAUUGUCACUGGCUGAGAACUGACACGACCACCAUCCUCUCACUGUUAGCACCAACUCCACCAUUACUGCACGGCUGCUGGUCCUCCAGAGCUCAGAAGGUACCGUGCAGCCAACAGACACACCUGACCCAGCCAGCUUCAAACAGUCUGUCAGUUCCUUUUCACACCAAGGAUUUUCCGUGGCGUAGCAGUACAGCCGGUUUGGCACGUUACGAAGCGACAGCAGUUUCUUCUCUGCUUCAUUUUGUUUUGAUCAUUUGAAGACAAAAUGAAGACCUGUGAGUUUGGACCGGAUCCAGUGGCCGUAUCAACAUAACCCACAUUAAGAACCCAUCACACUUUAAAAAUCCACCAACCUUGGAAACAGUGCAUUCUCUCACAGCCAAAGUUCACCUGACAGCUGCCAUCUGGUCCACCACAGCAUGAGAAGGGCUACCUCCCUGGAAAAAUGUCUUCGUCUUUGAGUUUGAAACAUCCUGAAGCCUGCUGACUCUAAAACCCUCACCAGUAUUCUAGUUUCUGUGCUUGUGACUGCUGUCACUCAUUGUGACUCUGAGAGAUAGAGAGCGGAGAGACAUCCCGUUUCCACUCACUUGGCAAAUUCAUGUUUUUUAAAGAGUUAAUAAACAGUAGCGAGACCACAAGAGCUCAUUAGUAUGCAUAUAAGCAGACAAAAUUAAACUAUAAAACACAACGAAUCAGUAGCUUCUCUCAUUAGUUGGUAUGCGGUGGUUUGUGACCGACAAACCCAAAUGUAUUGGUUAGAAAAGCAGCACUGGCAGACUGGCUGACCAUAUACACAACAGAAGUGAAGAGUUUAUUCUGUUGCUCAGCUAUGUAGGAGCUGACUGAGCUGCUUAUGGUCACACCUGUAGUCCUGCUGUCCGUGGCAUCUUCCAGUGGUCAGGGUCUGUAGGUUAGAGGUAAGGAUCCCUCAGAGAAGGUCCCAGAACAUCAUGCAUGGACAGACCGAAAAUCCAUGCAUUUAUAUGUCACAAAAGAAAGCUCUAUGUUGGCCUGUCACGAUAACUGCUUAUGUAGGAUGAUAUAUUGUCCAAAUCAUAAUUGCGAUAAACAAUUCUUUUGGUCAUUUUGCUACCAUUUUAAGCCAAUGAUAUAGUUUUAAUAUAAUAGCAUGAUAAUGGAAGUAUGAGCCUUCAAAGAGCAAUGGACAUUCAAUUCUUCUUAUUAGAAAUGGGAUGUAAAAAAUUAUUGAAGUUCCCCUCCAGUCAUAUCUGUGUUUUUCUUCUCGUUCCUGCAGUUGAGCGUUGGCGCUUUGCUAUGCAGAAUGAUUUAUGUGCAGAGUGUGACACGAUAAGGCUGUUUGCUCAUUCAUCACAAAUAGUAUGUAACCAAUCCUGAUCCAGUAUUCAGGAUAUACAAGUCUGAUGUGGAAACUUGGAAGUCUCCAGUGCACACACACUGAGACAUCAGCAGUGUAAUAUGUGAUAUGAGAAACAGUUUAAGGAUAUUCAGCAAAAACCAUUACGUACGCACAUUAAAGUAUAUAUGCCUUAAUGCAUAUGAGGAGGAUAUCCUGAAAAAUAUCCUAAACAAAUAAAACAGAAAUAAAAUAAAAUCAAAAACAGUCAAUAAAAUGGACUCUGGCUCUGUUAAGAAAAAAAGUUACUUUAAAUGCAAUAGGCAACAUAAAGGUCAACAAAACAAUGUACAACAACAUUUACGAAUUGAUUAGUCGAUAAGGUAUGUGCUUUAAGUCAAUAAGGCAGUUAUCGUGACAGGCCUGUCUCCACGUUCCUUACAUGAUUUGGCUUUAUAGUUUCACUGCCGUGACCUGAUGGGCCACACUGCUUCACUCAGUUUGUCAAUCCUGAUGUGUGUGCGUGUGCGUGUGCAGGUGACAAACAUCUGUCCUGACGUUCUUCAUUAGUUUGGGAGACUCUGGAGAGGACACAUAGACUGACAGCUGUCCCUGUAAUACUAUAUUGGAAAAAAACUAUCAUAAAAUCCAAGUUGAGCAGCUGCUGCAGAACAUGCUGUAUGAUUAACUAAGGUACAAAUAUGAUACUGACAGAUCAUAGGAGCGUUUUAAAAUGACAAUAAGUAAUUCAAAUAAAAGCAGCAGAUCUUAAGGAAGCUCACUGUUAUCUUACUAAACCUUACUCUGUAUGCUCUACGUAUGAAUAGAAAUAUAUUCUGUGGAACAUAAAAUUCCAAUGAGCUGGAGAUUUUAUAUUUUUAUUGAUUUUAUGUUAUUCUAUUUUAUUGUUAUUUUCUAUGCACACAAAAUGGAAAUUGCUCAACAAAACAAUUUAAGUGAAAUCCACAUUUUUUCUGGGGUGAAAUGUUACAGAUUUUUGAUACCAGUAGCUCAGAUGGCUGAUUGAAGGACAACCCACCCAGCUCAUUAUUUAUAACCACCUCGGUUCAGUAUUCAGUCCUGUUCUGCCAGCAUUGCACAUCCUGCCGUACCACAGCACUGUGGAACUCAAGGCCUCUGUCUCUCUGCUGUCUUUCUUGCUUGCUUCUCCAAAAUAAUAUGAUAUUUUAUGUUUUCUACCACAUAAAAAUAACUGAAGACCAAGUAAAUUACCAGAGACAGACUUAAUCCUAAUGUACUCUUUCCGCAUCCUCCUCACAAAGUUGAAAUCUCAUCUCUUGCCCAUGUCCAAAAGGAUCUGUGUCAACUGUUUGCAUCUGUGUUUAUGUUUGCAGAGGCUCAAUGUAGUAUGAACAGAACUGUGUCCACUGUCCAUGUCCACAUCUGUUUUGGACUUCUUACUGGAGCUGGAGACAUGAAAGGUCAAAAUCAGUGUUGUGGAACUUUCAUCUUGGCUCAGUGAUGAUAGUGUGACAGGUCAGGUCACAUCAUGGUCAGUCUUGAUGUCAGAUGCUAAUGUCAGGAGGUUAGUCUUGGUAAUAUAUAAUCUCCAAAGGGAGCGGCAUUGUCAGAAUAGUCAGGUUACCCGUUACUGUUGUGAAUGAUUGAAUUCAACAAUGCUCUUCAGUUCAUUGGUGGAUCUUGUUUACUGUGAUGUUGAACAAGUUUCACAUCUUUAGAUGGUGAAUUAGUAUUUUAGUCAUAAUUGUGAGAUUGCAACAUGAAAAGGAAGGACUGACAACUGAUAAAAGGCCUGGAGGUUCAGCCGCGGCUUAUCCAUUACACCCCAUCCCAGCUUUGCUGGGGGUAACAGGAGAGACCUCAAGGGAAGGCAGACGCACCCAUGAAGGAUCAUUUACAAUGUCCAUGACAGGUUAGAAUGCCAACAAUAGCAUCAUGAGCUCCUCAGUAUGUUAACAUUAACAAUAACUGACAUUAGCACACCAUUCACGAGUCAUUCGUUUAUCAUGAAUAUUUGCACUUAUCAGCAUUUUUUUUGUACGAUAUUGAUCUGUGGGUACAAAUGGAUGGAAGUGCUGGAUGGAGGUCAGACCUCCAUUUUACUGUUGUCUGCUCCUUCAGCUCUUGCUACAAGGAAUAUUUUUAUGAUCCAUCUGCCAUGAUAGAUGAGUCUAAAAAGAUAUAUUUUUGGAAAAUGUCUCUGUUUAAAACCACUGGAUCAAUGUCGGACCUGGGUCAGAUAUGUGUCUGCAACCUUUCGGGCAUAAUAAAGUUGUCACACUUGAAUUGCUGUUAAACACAUUUACAAACACACUUAAAAGAAACUUUUACAGGACUAGAGAGACUGGGACUACUUUAACACGGAUGUUUUCUGUAGUUUAACCAAUAGAUGGCAGUCCUCCUCAAUACAUGCAGAGCCAUACUUAAACCAACACACACGGAAAUUUCACUUUCUAUGAAGAAGUAACCUAAGUAAUGUUUCCACAGAAGGAUGCAUUCAUCAUUUGCACUUUAAUACACUCAGUUUUUAAUGGUAAUUGGAAAUUGUAUUUGUAUAUUCUUAACAAUUGUUUAAUGACUUUGUGUUUUGUUAAAAAUAAGUUGACACAGAUCUUGUAAGUUGUAAAAAGUGUCAGGUUAUUUGAUGUACCCUUAACUUUGUUUUGUGUGACAAAUCAUUGAAAUAUUUGAUGACUGAGUCCUUAAAGGUCCAGUGUGUAGGAUUUAAUGGCAGGUAGAGCUGAAGUUGAAUAUUGCAAACAGCUGAGUACCCCUUCCCUCGCUCUGCCCUUCCAAGCGUGAAGGAGAAAACACAAAAAAUGUGAAAGGCCGUCUCUAGAGCCAGUGUUUGGUUUGUCCAUUUGGGGCUACUGUAGAUACCUGCUCCCUAAAUCCUACAUACUGCUCGUUUAAUUUAAAUGGGCAGCAUGUCCCGUUCUUUUUCUUUCAUUCAUGUUUUUGUUGUCAAAAUUGUCAAAUUUGAAUUGAUCAGGAAUUUUCUUUAUGCAACCCCAGAGCUGGGGGUUGCACGCUCCAACUGUAAGAGCAAGUCAUGUGUAGAGGAAUUCUAAUAACAAGGUCAUGUGAGGAAAAAGAAAUUGUUAUCCUAUGUUCACGACAUGGUGUAAUUAAUGGUAAAGAGGCAAACGCUUGCAAGCAUUCACAUCGGUUAAUGAUUCACUUCAGGGGUAUGCUAGCAGAGUCCGUCAGACGAUGGUUACAAAUGCUUUGCGUUGACAGUAUAGAUUUACAUUUUUUUAAAACUGGGUCGAACUACCUUAAACAACAGACUUAAGCUGACGUGAAAGGUUCUAAGUUUGCUUGGUUUUCUGGUGAAAACAUAUCUUUAUGUUACAUAAAACGUUACAUUUCGUUUCCUGUUAUGAUUAUAACUUGGAUGUUCUUGUGAAAUUCAUCUGAAUCUUAAAGGACAGUUCAGCCCAAAAUCAAAACUGUGUAUUUUCCUCUUAGUUGUAGAGCUGUUUAUCCCUCUAGAUAGUUUUGGUGUGACUUGCAGGCGGGAUUUAAAAAAAAAAAAAAGUCAUAGGAUUAGUUAAUUAAGCUAUCAAAGUUGGCUAAUGUUACAGCUUAGCUGAGUAGGACGCCAUUAGCAUUGACAUCCUGCCCUGUCACAAGCACAAACGUCUAGUCCACGAGUAGAUGUACAUUUCCUUCUCUUUGGUGAUAUUGAAUAGUUUGAUAGAAAGAAAAUAGUUCCUACAUAAAAUGGUUCCCAACCACGUCUGUGAAUUAUCUUAAGUAACCGGAUCAUGAUUUCUCGAAAGAGACACUGCUAUUGAGUUUUUCAAAUGUACAAGUAUACAGACACAAGUGAAGUGUCAUGUGAACUCUGCAACUCACACUAAAACAGUCAGGAUGGAUGAAUAUGCACUUUUAGUUUUGGGGUGAACCGUCCCUUACAAUUAAGACACUACAGCAUCUCAAAAUGGUGUUGUAAUUCAAAGAUUAAAGUAGAAUUAAAGCUGUGUUCAGACUGAACAUAAAGCUGAUAAUUUUUCAGAAUAUUGACCCGAAUUAGACUGCAGGUGUGUUUUUGCAUUUGUGACUGCAGAUGUUAGCAGUAGCUAGCUAGCAAAGUAUGCAAUAUAACAUGCCUGUGCUGGGUGACAAUUUAACUCCUGUUUGAUAUCAGAUUUAAAACCAGGAUUAUUUUUUUCUUUUAUUUUGUGCUUUUAUUUUUGACUUCAUUUUUCUUGUCUCUGUAAAUCUUUUGCUCAUGUCGAUGCAUUUUGGAGAUUUCAUACACAUUUUUUUCACUUUAAUUUGUACUGCCUGUGCAAGUUGUGCAUUCUUUUGUCUUUGCAUUCACGUGAUCAGAUGCUUGUCUUCUAAAAUAAGCUUCAGGUCCAGUCUAAACGCUAAACAUUAUUGAAGAAUCCUUCUGUCUUUCAUAUCAAGAUUUUUUUUUUUUUUCGAAUGCUGUUUUCACAAGCAGAUAUGUUAUGUGAACAAACCAACAGAGUGAUAUAGCCCACUAGAUGGCGAUGCUGAUUGGGUCAAUUAAUUCAUGUGGCUCUUCCUCUGGUGGCGUAUUGUGAAUAACAACAUGAGUUAUAUUGAGCAGCAUAGCGUGUGAGGAGCUUGUGCCAAAAACUAAAAGAAACUAUCUGUAAUGCAAUAUUGUGUUUAAUUGGUGAAAAUAGAUCUUGCAUCAUGAUUGGGAUUAAACAGGUUGUUAUAUUAUUUUUUUGGCCAGAUCGCCCGCCCCUUGUCAGUAUUACUCUUCCAUAAAGUGCAUUUCUUGCUCGAAAAUGAAAACGUUUCACAUAAAUGAAAACUGAAAGCUUUA